UUUACUCCACAAAGUUAACAAUCACUUUGGUCACUGUAGAGUUGCCGGCCACUCACUGCAAUUAACUGGUAAAAGCUGAAAAUUAACAUUUCUAUAUGUUGUUGAAAUUCAGAGUUAGACUAAUGGCUGCUGCCUGUUUUUCUGCUAUGUUCUUUAUGUUUCAUCUUCUUAUCUUCAACUUAGUUAAAGUUGAGAGUAAAUUAUCUUGUCCAAAAGAGUUCAAUUGUGGAAGACUUGGUACCAUGAGUUAUCCUUUUUCAGAAUUCAACAAACCAUAUUGUGGAUUAUCCAAGAUCGAUUGUAACACCACUUUUCAAUAUCCAAAAGUUGAGAUUGAAGGAGUGACAUACAAUGCUUACAAGAAGUGGCUAUGGGUUAAUGGUAUCGAUCUUUCGGACUCGAUUCUUGAAAGUUAUUUAGCUAAUAGAAGUUGCAAAUCCUUUGAAAGGAAUUUAUCUUUCCCUGAUACACCUUCUAUUACAUUUGGUGUAUUCGACAAUAUCACUUUGUUCAAAUGUAUGAAUGGUAGUACUAAUGAGGAGAUAGGUGGUUAUUUUCAACGUUAUGAGAAGUACUUGAAUUGUGAUGGAUUUAACUUAUACUAUCAUAAACCAAGAAUAGAUCAUAGAAACUACAGUAUUCCAGUUGAUGAGGAUGAUCUUCCUGCAAAUUGCUCGAUUAUUCGAUUGCCUUUAAAGUAUAUUUCACCUUCAGUACCAGUUCCUCAUGAUUUGUUUGAGUUGUUGAGUUCUAAUUUCACAUUGGAUUGGGAAGUUUCUAAAGAUUGUUCCACGUGUAUCCAUAGAGAAGGGCAAUGCCAAAGUGACAGCAAAAAUGACUUCUUCUGCUCCAAAGCCAAAGCAGCUAAAAGAUAUUUGGGACUGAUUCUAGGCAUAGGUUCAUUUGCAGUUUUCACUUGCAUUGGAAUCGUGAUUUUGCUCUUCUGCUUCAGAGAAAAGAUUUUGUGGUACAAGUGCCUCAGGUUUUGGGAAUCUAAUGCUCAGGAUCACCAAAGAGUUGAAGAAUUCUUAAAGAACUACGGAUCAUACGCUCCAAACAGAUACAAUUAUACAGACAUCAAAAGAAUCACCGGUCGCUUCAGAAAUAAACUAGGCCAAGGAGGAUUUGGUAAUGUAUACAGAGGAAGUUUGCGUGACGGGAGUCAAGUGGCAGUCAAGGUCCUGAAUGAACUAAAUGGCAGUGGUGAAGAUUUCAUUAAUGAGGUAGCAAGUUGUAGCAGAACAUCACAUGUUAACAUUGUGAGACUUGUGGGAUUUUGUUUUGAGGGUCACAAAAGAGCUCUUAUUUAUGAAUUCAUGCCAAAUGGAUCUCUUGAAAAGUUUAUCUAUGAGGAAAGAUCUGACGGAGUUCGCCAAUUAGGCUGGCCAAUAUUAUAUGAAAUCUCACUAGGCAUCGCUCGAGGAUUGGAGUACUUGCACCGUGGUUGUAACACUCGAAUUUUGCAUUUUGAUAUAAAGCCUCAUAAUAUCCUACUGGAUGAGGAUUUUUGUCCAAAGAUCUCCGACUUUGGUCUUGCCAAACUAUGCAUAAAAAAGGAGAGUAUCGUGUCAAUGCUAGGCCCACGAGGUACAAUAGGCUAUAUUGCUCCGGAAGUUGUUUGCAGAAACUUGGGAGGUGUCUCUCACAAGUCUGACGUCUAUAGCUAUGGAAUGAUGGUCCUAGAGAUGGUUGGAGGAAGAAAAAAUGUUGAUGUUGGAGUUGAUCGUAGGAGUGAAAUCUACUUUCCACAUUGGCUCUAUCGACGAAUUGAACUAGACGAAGAACUUCAACUAAUCGGGAUAAUGAAUAAAGAGGAGAACGAAUGUGCAAGAAAGAUGGUGAUAGCGAGUUUAUGGUGUAUACAGACUGAUCCCGCAAAUCGACCAUCGAUGAGCAAGGUUGUGGAAAUGUUAGAAGGGAAACUAGACUCUUUGCAAAUGCCUCCCAAGCCUUAUCUAUAUUCUCCCUCAAGAUCAGAGGUAGAUUCAUCAAAUAAUAGAACUGACAACAACAACAACAACGUACCGAGUAUAGUCCCACAAGUGGGGUGUGACUUCAUUUCUUAGUUGUUUGUUUUAUUGAACAUUGGCAUCAGAGCAUACUAUAUAGGUUCUGUCAAAUGAAAAGUGUUCUCAGAUAACUAUUUCUUAGUGGUUUUGAGAUUCUAUGAGA